AAAAAUUAUAUAUCAAAAGUGAAAAAUUAUUCGGAAAAGGGAAGAACAUUUUAUACUAAAAAAAUGAAUCAAAAUCUUUUAUCGGGAUCGAGAGUUGGGAUUAUUUUUAGGAAUCUUACUAAAUUCUCAGGAUUCUUACUAUCCAUUCUUAUCAUUCUAAAUUUAUCAUCGGCUAAAGUUACGAGCAGCAAAACUAUAGCUCAAAGUGGAACCACCGUUAUAAUACCUUGCGGACCUCCAAACGAAAGCUUUAACGACACCCUUAUCAUAUGGAAGAAAUCUGGCGUAGUGGUCAACAUGAUAAACAAGGGCAGAAUUCUUAUCAACAAGUCAAAAAUUGUCGGCAAGGACAUAUUGCUGGAAAACGUUCAGAAAAAUGAUUCAGCUGUUUAUAAUUGCAAGGUCAAUUCCAACGAGCCCGAAUCGUUCGACACGAAUUUGGAAGUUUACGAUCCACCCGCAGUAUCUCUCAUUCCAAACCUCAAAAUCCUGUAUGCCAAAAAGGGUGAACCCGUGAGCGUUCAAUGCUUGGCUGACUCGUUGCCAGAUACACCUAUAUUUUGGUCAAAAAAGGAUAGCGGCGACUCUACCCUCCAGGAUAUGAGACUCGAACACAACAAAUUAGCGUGGAGUUCUGUAGACUUCGAUGCCAAGGGUCUCUACGAGUGCAAGGCCGUUAACGGCUUUGGCGAAAGCCGGGGAAAAAUCACCAUCAUUGUCCAUUCUGCCCCAACUCUAGAUGCAAAACCAUACGUAAACGGCGCCCUGGAAAAAAUGAUGACGAUAACCUGUAAAUUUAGAGCUACUCCAGCUGUUAACGUUACCUGGUUCAAGGACAACGUUCCCGUACAAAUCGACACGGGUACCCUCAUUCAAGCUAAAAAUUUCGAUACAGAACCGAACGUAUUGGUGGAAAGCUCGCUGAUCAUUGAAAGAACGCAGAAAGGGGAUUUCGAUUCCAUAUUCACUUGCCUAGGUGUCAACCCGCUGGGAAGUGUCUCCGGCAAUUUUACCGUUAAAGGAAUUCCGGAAAUAGUCACGAUCAUUAAAAUUGAGGACAUCGCGGAAGAUAACGGGGACAAUUCUGCCAUCGUUGACUUCUCUACCGUUUCUCACACACCUUUAUUCGAAUUCAAAUUGUUCAUAUCAGAACCUAACAAUGGAAAAUUCUUGAAGGAGAUAAAAAUCCCAGCAAAUUCCAAGCUGCAGGACCAUUACCAACAAACCUUUAAAAUGAUCGGCUUAGGAUCUAACAAAGAAUACGAAGUUGAUAUGGUAGCCAAAAAUGAGCAUGGGUGGAGUGAAAGGACGGCAAAACGAUUUUCUUUCUUGACGAAUUCCAUCAAGGAUCCAUUGAAUAGCAGCAGAUCACAUCAUACCAGGAAUAUAUUCAGCUCAGCCGGAAGUCGAACAGCGAUGCCACUAAUUCGCGUCACGCUACUUUCAACCUUCUUCGUUUUCAUCCUCGCCAUACUUUUAUAAAUAAUAUUUUUAUACGAAACAUCUAAGCGCUUAAAAAUAAACACCUUUCCCUUAUAAUAUAUUUUUGUUAUUGUUUACAAAUCAUCAAAGUAAAAGAUUUAAGAAUCGCGUAAAAAUCAAAUGAGAAAACUCGUAAUAAAAAAAAAAUUUUAAAUCAACAUUAUUGUAAUUUGUCAACUGGCGGGAAAUUUGUAUCAUAUUAUUAUGUCCUUCCCACAACAUUCAUUCUCAUUCACUCACGAUAAAAACUCCCCCCAUUUCAAAAAAAUAAAUAAUACACUAGUCCGAGGGUAAUUGAGUAGUAGUUUUAGUAUUUUAUUUAUAAUAAUAACAUUCGUUUUCACUUCUUCUAUUCACUCAUUCAUUUCAUUUAUCGUUGCUGUAAUAUGGCAAAAUAAAAUAGUAGAAAAAUUUAUGAGGCCAAAAUUUGUACACCAAUAUAUUUUUUUUUCUACUCUCCCAAUUGUGUUUGUUAAAUACUAGUUCCUGAAUAUGCACCCCCCUGUACAAUUAAUUAAUACAUUUUUUUAAAAUAUUUUUUUCAAUAUUCCAUUUUAUCCUGCGUUCGCCGUUAGCACGGAUAAGCUGCCAUUUUGUAUAUUUGGCCGAAAUUCGCGCAUAUUUUAUAUAUUUCGUCGCGAAUUCGCGCUAACUGUGAAUGCGGGGCCAGUUUUAUACAAUCAAAAAAAAACGGAAUCAGUAUUUGUUUUUAUUUUCUAUCAUUUUUAUCUUGCCCUAAAUGUUUUAAGGCUUAUUUACUUUUCGUAAACAGUAAUGUAAUAAAAUGCAACCAUCCCUAAAUAUUUUGUGUUGGGCAGUUAUAUCUUAAUACCUUAGUGGUUACGAAAAGUAAAUCAGGUUUAGGGUAUGACCUUUAAACCCCUUUUUUUUCUUUUCUCUUGUAAAUAAACAUAAUUUGAUAUUUAAUAACCUAUCCCACCAAAUAAACAAAAAAAAAAUUAAAAAUCGCCAAAAUAUUGUUUUCAAAAUAUAAGUUAAAUCGCUGAUAUAUUAUUUUUAUAUUAUAGAA